GGGGCUUCAACCACAAUUCGACGAGGUGAAAGCUUCGUAUUUUCAGCAACAGCCACCCACAGCGUAUCCCGACAGCCGACUCGACUCAGAAACUCCAGAGAUAGUUGCUGCAUAUCCGGGGAAUAUCGCACACACUGCCUAACUGGUGAAAAAGAAAGAAAGGAUCCUGAUUAGUGAAUUUGGCUUGAAGUCGUCUGCUGCUGCAGAGCCCGUGGGACUGUGCUACCUACCACGCUCCAAAUUUCUUUGCUUGUUUUGGCAGCUGAAAGAACGUCCACACUCCCGCACGAUGGGGAAGUCAUCAAAAGACAAGCGCGACGCCUACUACCGGCUUGCGAAGGAACAGGGAUGGCGGGCGAGGAGUGCAUUCAAGCUGCUCCAGCUUGACGAAGAGUUCAACCUCUUUGAGAAUGUCACUCGCGUCGUCGAUCUCUGCGCCGCCCCUGGCAGCUGGUCGCAAGUUCUCUCGCGAGUGCUCAUCAAGGGCGAGACAUUCGGUCGGUCCGCAUGGCAUGACCGCGACGCCAAGUUCCGGCAGCGCAUGCUCAAAGUCUCUGCUUCUGCUGAUCAGGCAGAGGACAGCAUCCGAGAGCAAGACGCGCCGUCAUCUCCAGACGCCAAGCCGCGGAGGGAUGUCAAGAUCGUCGCCAUUGACCUGCAGCCCAUCAGCCCGCUCCCCGGCAUCAUCACGCUGCGGGCCGACAUCACACACCCGGCCACUGUCCCACUUCUGCUCAAGGCCCUGGACCCCGACUACGUUCAUGAGAAUACCGUGAAUCAACAGCAGACGUCGCACCCCGUGGAUCUAGUCUUGAGCGACGGUGCUCCCGACGUCACGGGCCUUCACGACCUGGACAUCUAUGUGCAGUCUCAGCUCCUUUUCGCCGCCCUAAACCUCGCCCUAUGCGUGCUCAAGCCGGGUGGCAAGUUCGUCGCCAAGAUCUUCCGGGGUCGCAACGUGGAUCUACUAUACGCCCAACUCAAAAUAUUUUUCGAGAAGGUGUACGUUGCGAAGCCGCGCUCAUCCCGGGCCAGCAGUGUGGAAGCCUUUAUCGUCUGCAUAAAUUUCCAGCCACCCGAGGGGUACAAAGCCAGCCUUGAGGAGCCUCUGGGCUUUGGCAACCGUCUUCCAGAGAUAUUGGCAGACAAACAGGCACAACUUCCUAUAACUGCCCCAACACCGGCCAUGCAAAACUAUGGCACAGGUGCAUGGGAUGCCGCCCCCGAACGGCCCCAGCUCUCAUCGCAAAUCACUGCGAUACCAGAUGAGGAUGGCAUCUAUGAUAUCCAGGUCCAGGACCUGACCGUCAACCGCUUCCAAGACAUUCGGUGGAUCGCCCCAUUUGUUGCCUGUGGUGACCUGUCCGCUUUUGAUUCAGACGCGUCUUACCGUCUGCCGGAUGACCACGUCUCUCUCGAUCCCGUGCAACCGCCCACGGCGCCCCCUUAUAAGCGCGCUAUUGAGCUCAGACGAGCAAAUGGCGGUGCAUAUGGCAGGAAACCUCUCGUGACUUGACAACUGCCCUUUGGCUCUGCUUUUCGUCUUUUAGACAUCGAGAUAUCAUCCUGGGAGAAUUAAAUCCCGAAUUUCAGGCUAUCUACAC